UUAUGGCAUUAAAUAUACGGACGGUGUUUGUCGUGAUCUCACCUGGCUCCCGCUGCAUUUGGCGGGAGGGGGCGGAGCGGCCGCUGCCCCGGGGAGCUCCGUCCCGCGGGUCCUGCCGGGGAGCUCCGUCCCGCGGGUCCCGGCGGGGGCGGGCCCGGUGCCAGGGCGGUGCCGCCGUGACCCCGCAUGUCCCGCCCUCCGCCGGCACAGGCGCGGCCAUGGCGGCAGAGCGGGACCGGGACCGGGACCGGGAGCUGCUCUUCUACCGGCGGCUGCCCAAAGCGGAACUGCAUGCUCAUUUGAACGGCUGUAUCAGUUCUGCCACCAUGAAGAAGCUCAUGGCCCAGAAGCCAAACCUUCAGAUCCAGAAUGGAAUGACUGUGAUUGACAAAGGAAAGAAAAGAACCUUAGAGGAAUGCUUUCAGAUGUUUCAGAUCAUCUAUCAGGUUACCACUAGGACUGAAGAUAUUUUACUGAUAACUAAAGAUGUCAUUAAAGAAUUUGCUGAUGAUGGUGUCAAGUAUCUGGAACUGAGGAGCACUCCAAGAGAAGUAAAGUCCACAGGUAUGACCAGAAGGAUGUAUGUUGAAACUGUACUUGAGGGUAUAAAGCAGUGUCAAGAGGAAGGCUUGGAUAUAGAUGUAAGGUUGUUAAUAGCAAUAAACAGAAGAGAUGGCCCAGCAGUUGCUAAGGAGAUUGUUAAGCUUGCUGAAGAGUUCCUGCUUUCCAGUGAUGGGGUUGUAGUAGGACUUGACUUCAGUGGUGAUCCCACUGCAGGACACGGUCAGGAUUUUUUGGAGCCACUCUCAGAAGCAAAAAAAGCAGGUCUAAAGCUGGCAUUGCAUCUUUCUGAGAUUCCUAAUAAAGAAGAGGAGACCAAAAUUCUCCUGGGCCUGCCUCCUGACAGAAUUGGACAUGGAACAUUUCUCAACUCCACAGCAGCAGGUUCAGAAGAGUUAGUGUCAAUUGUUCGACAGAACCGGAUACCAAUUGAACUCUGCAUGACAUCAAACAUAAAAUCUCAGACGGUGCCUUCCUGUGACAAACACCAUUUUGGAUACUGGUACAGCAUGGGCCAUCCUGCAGUGCUCUGUACUGAUGAUAAAGGCGUCUUUGCAACCGAACUAUCACAAGAGUAUGAGCUGGUUGCAAAAACAUUUAAUUUGACUCGAUCACAGAUGUGGGAUCUUUCCUAUGAGUCAAUCAACUAUAUUUUUGCUUCAAAUGCAGUGAAAUCCAAGCUCAGGGAACAAUGGUGCAAACUGAAGCCAGCUCUGUUUGAUUAAUCAAACUGUUGUUCUAAACAGCUCGGGUGUGGUAGGUGAGUUAAUAAGCAUUUUUUACUGAAGUCCCCAGCUUUUUUCAGACUUCAGGGUUAUAAACCCAGCCAUAAACUGCUUGUGCAAAAUGAAGGUGAUGGGAAUGUAUCCGUUGUUGGUGGGGACAGUAGUAAAUGUUCUUUUAUAGUUGGGAGUGGCUCUCAACCAGUGACCAAAACUCCAAAUGUGUUGUCACGUUGUUUCUUGUCAGCUGAUAUGACAUUUUAAAAAAAUACUUAGUUGAAAUAUGUCAUUAUAAUAUUUGAGAGCUGGAACAAAAUGAAGGCACAGCUGUUGGUGUUUCAAGUGUCUCUGUUGGCAGCGUUUCCCCAAGCAGUUUGGAUGUGUGGUGUGUAUAUCUGGGGGUUGUACUGUUUUCAGGUUUUGAGCAGUUGGUUGAAUGUGAAGACAGAAACAAACUCAGGGAGAAUGAACUAUUUGUCCCAAAGGAAUUUAACAUUUUCUCUGUUUUUAUUGCUGUACAUGUAUGACUGAAGGCUGCUGUGGAUUGUGUGGCACAUGCUGGUGCUCUCGGUGGCGUUCAGGCAGUUGAGAGUCGUGAACGCCUUCGGUACCUGAGCUACUUGUGCAAAGUGGUCUCGUUCUUAAAAUGCUUUUUAGAGUUGCUGUUUGUUGUGUAAAAAAAAAAAAAAAGGCAAUAAAAAUACCUUCAACCUC